AUGCCCUCGACCGGCCUCGGGCAUGGGGUCUCAGCAGGGCGGCCAGGGCGGCCACAGCAAAGGCAGGGUGAAGGAUACUUCUCUCAGACCACUGCGAGUAGCGGAGCGGCUACGAGGGGGGCUCCAGCACGGAAAGCCAUACCCAUAGCAGUAGACGACGCCAGACACCUACUCUCGCCGCUGAUCGAUACCUUGCCAGCUUUGCCAAAUUUGGCGUCUCUACGGACAUUUUUGCCUACCUCGCCUCCUCGAAUCGGCUCCUCUCACGACUCUCAGCCACAGUUCCAAGGCUACUCCAAGUGGCAGAAUGUAGACCUUCAGGAUGGGAAGGGGAGAUGCGAUCUCCUCCUUGUCUCGGCUGCCGAGUGUGCAUUCCGCCUGUACCGUAUCAGCUCGAGCAGCAUACCGGACCCGCCGCACGUCGAGGAAGAAGCACCCGCUCCGGAGGAGAUAUUCAGCCUGGAGAAGAUCAAGCGGGACAGCGCAACUCGGACCGGCAAGCUGCCAGGCGCCAGAGUUGCAAAGGAGAGGGAGGACGAGAUGGUUUUAUCGGCGCAGAUUGUGGACAGAGGGGAAUUGGUGCAAGAGCACGGCCCGCUGAUCUUCUGCGUAACGUCAUCAACUACACCUCGCAAGGGGUCGGCCGACUUGAGACUCGUUCUCGUCGCGCUGAGAACCGGUCACGCGGUGUGGGACGUCAACCUAGGUCAGGGACGUGCAGCAGCUGUAUUAGUCUCAGCUCGAACGGUCGCAAUUACGUUGUCACAUCCGUCACCCUCCCUCCACCUCUUACACCCCACAACCCUCCAGCCCUUCUACUCGAUCCCCGACCUACCCGCUGCUCCCAACUCCCUACCGACCGCCGCACUCGCUGGGCGACUUUUGGCGCUCGUCACAAUCGAUUCGCCCAGAUCUACCGGCUCGGACGGGCUCGGAACGCUCAUCACCGCUCAGUCGACCGUCCGGAGUCGGGCAGCGUCAGAAGGACCGACACGCCCUAUACCGGCUCGCAGCCCCAACUCGACCUCUGCUGUCAUGUCUUCCGCGAUCAGCAUAGGUGGCGGCGUCGCCAGAGGCGUCUGGGCCGGUCUCAAGAUGGGCGCUCAGGCUGCGCAGCAGGCGAACACUGCUCGGCUGGCCAAAUCUGCGCCUGCGGAUGCUAUGCUAUCGAGGGGGUUUGAAGAUCAUGAUGGCGUAUCCGAGUCGAUGGAAGGUAGCGCGAUGCUGGAUUGUCCGGCGGAGGACGGAGGGGCGGGAAGCUGGAUCAAGAUCAUCGAUCUCGGAAGAUUGCCGCCGACAGAAGCGCCCAUCUCGCCAUACGAGACCUCACCGGCGAUAUCGACCCAAGCCGAUCACAUCAGGACCGUGGCGCACUUUCGGCUGCCUAUUUCGGCAUCGAGUGACUACCUCACUCAUACUCAUUCCCUAGGCGGUUCCGGUCCGACACCCCGAAACCAAACUAUAGCUGCUCUCAGCUGGAAUUCCGACGGCACGCAGCUCUUUGCCGCUCCGGCGGACGGCCGGGUAUUCCACAUCUUUCAGCUGUACCCCGAUGCCCCAAGAAGGAGGAACAGGGAGACGCAAGGGGACGUUCUGCAUCUGUACGAGCUAAACAGGGGAAGUACCGCUGCGACGGUGGAAGGAGUUCUAUGGGAUCCUGCAGGAAGAUGGAUAGGGGUAGCGACCGAGCGGGGUACCAUUCAUGUCUAUCCUAUACACCCCUCUGGUGCCCCCGCCGGGACCUGGACGCAUCUCAGCACGAAGAUCCCCAACCCCGCGCGGCUCUACCCGCUCUCUCAGGUCGUCGAGGCUUCCGCUCGGCUCCGCACGGGACAUCCUCUUCACACUACGACUGCUCCCGCUCAGCACUAUCCAACUGCAUUCUUCUUCGGCAGAUGGCAAACCGACCCGCUUCAUCCAGGCACAUUCUGCCAAGAUAUCAACGUCUAUCAUCCCUCCCUCCACGUCAUCGAGUUGCAGCGACUUGCAGUCAAGCAGGAGGCAGCGACGAGCCCGAUGGCGGUCAGGCGAGCUUCAGCCAUGAUCAAGCGAGGAAGCGGGAUCUCCGAGAUGAUGCGCCUGAGAUCCGCAACUGCCGCGGCGGGAGAUAGUGGCGGAGGGAGUCUGUCAGUGGAGCAGGGAGUCAAGGCUAGGUGGAGAGUGCCAAGCGGGGAUGUGGAGGAUGUCCUGAUCAGACCGUCAAGGGUCACUAGAUCGCGGUCACUUGCACCCCUGUCUCACCCCCUGUCUCACGCCGAGAUUCGGACCUACAGCGUCAACCCCCGCAUCCUCCCUUCCUCCAUCUACCUCUCUCAUCAACUCGACCUCUAUACCGCGCCUCAUCUGCGAGUGGACUCGCGCUAUCCUCUCGUCUACCGCAACGAGGUGGAGGUCAGACCCCCUACCGAGGGGGCAUCUUUCGACGAGCCACUCUCGACCGCUCUGCAUACCCGCCUUGAAUCACCCACGCGAGGCGAGAUCCCCGGUCUCCCCAACGGUUUUCCAGGCUCGGGUGGCAAAUGGAAAACGCCCAUCCCUAUCCGCACUGUCGCAGCAGGCGUCGGUGAAGGUCUCGACCGCGUCCGGCAUACCUACGCCAAGUCUCAAGCGAUCCGGCGGCAUCGGCGGGCGAGCGAGCAUCUAUCCAACCGCCUCAGCUUUGAAGAGGGGACGAUCUUUGCCUCGUCUCAGGGCAGUGAUCGGCUCGGACUGGACAUGGAUGACUCGUCCCCUUCAUCGGAAGCUGUCCCGGACAGCGCGAUAGCUGGGGAUGAGGAUGAGGAGUGGGCGGAGGGAUGGGAGGAGGAGUAUCGACAUGCCGUGGAGAUUGAGGGGGAGCCCGACGAUCUUGUUCUGGGUCUGAUGGAUGAGGAGGGGGAGGAUAAGGGGGUGGCGGGAGUUGAGAAAGGAGGUGUGGCGCCACUCGCUCCGCAGGGGAAGAAGAGGCGGUAA